AUGGGAGGCAUGAAUUUGCUUCUUCAUCUUGUAAUCUUCUCCGCAUUCGGUGAUGUUCUUGGUCUUGUGGUCGGUGCUUCUCUCUCUGCAAUGUUCAUCCUUGGAGAUUCCUCUGUCAAUUGCGGCUACAAUCACCUCUACUCUUUUCUCGAUGAAAGUGCGUUGUUAUACCGCUGUGAUGGAUCACAAACAAGCUUUCUUCCUGAUUUACUCGCUGAGAAGAUGGGGUUGCCUGAGAUCCCCCCAUUUUACGGUCAGAAUGGAACUAUUGAAGGGUUACUUGGUGGCCUGAACUUCGGGUCGUCUCCGGCGACGAUUAUGAACACUGGUAAGUUGGGGUUCCAGUCUCUGAACCAGCAGCUCCGGCAAGCGUCCGAGACUCUUCAGUUGUUGCAGCUGCAACUAGGGCAGGACAAGGCUCAACAGAUGAUCAACUCGUCUCUCUUCUACCUCUCAUUUGGCAAAGACGAUUAUGUUGAGCUUUUCCUUCAUGAUAUCUCUGGCUUAAGGCACAGGUUCGGCGCCAAAGGAUUUGCGCAGGUUUUGGUCAAUCAGAUAACCCGAGUAAUUAAGGUUCUCUCUCUGUCUGUCUCUGUCGAUACCGAGUAG